UCUCCGAGCGCGACCAGGACCGUCACACGAGCACUUUCACUUUCCAAAGGUUAACGUCAUUUGAAGUGGCCUUCCGUGCUGGCGGGAGAUGUAUUUUAUCUUCGAAAAUAACAACAACAACAACAUAUUGUAGGCCGUAGAUGAAAACGUUUUGAUUGCGUCCAUCGUCUAAACUGGAAUGUAGUGUUUUCGUCUCGCAUGCUUUUGCGCGUCGACAGUCUGAAUGGAUCUAUCCACCCUGGGCCUGUAUUGAAAUGUAAAUAGCCUACAAUCAUACUUUCAUUUCUGAAUCUAUAUGUGCAACCAAAUAUGAACCUGAUCAUUAAUUAUUCAGUGAACUGGUAAAUAUAGCAAUUUUUCAAUAAAGGAAACUGAAUUGAAGAGGGCAACAGCAGUUGCGAUCGGCGCCAAUGGACCCGUUGGAUUUUCUGACAGAUAAACAGUUACUGCAGUUUUUCUGCUGUAGUAAAACAGAAAUGUCGUGCAUGGAGCAACCACACACCUUUCUUAACCAGCUCCGAGACCACCACCUCAUUCCGGAGAAAAUGCACAAGAAGCUGAUUCGGUGUAAGAGUAAGGAGGUGAGGGAGAAGGUUGUGUACCAGGUGUUGGACUUGGUGGAGGCAGAGAGGCCCAACAGCAUCAAGGUGUUCUGGAACUGUGUGUUCAGGGAUCACCUCCUGCUGCAGUACCCCACGUUACGCCUGCUCCGAAACCGCCUGCUGGACGGGUCGUUCACAUUUUAUGAGAAUCUGCCAGAGAAGAUGGAGAAGGAAGAGGAGGAGGAGGAUAAGAAGAAGAAGGCUUCAGCAGAUGGGGAAGAGGAAGAGGAGGAGGAGGAGAAAAAGACAGGAAAGAAAAAGAGUAAAAAGAAAAGUGAGAGUGCAGAGAAGGGCAUACCCAGCACGUCCACCCAGUCCACCCCCAGUCAGAAGAGGAAAGUCCAGAGGGUCAAGAACUGUUCUCCUUUUUGCAAGGGGGAGAAAUGUGACAUCUGGACCUGGCCCUUCUACAAGAUCCAGCUCCCAGUCACCUGUGGGGACAAGGAAGGCAUACUCAUAAGAAACAAGCUGGCCACAGGGGAGAGGUGCAUUGUGGUCCAGGGUCGCUGGUUCACCCCAAGUGGCUUUGAGGAGUUUGGGGGGAAGAAGAGCAGAAAGAACUGGAAGUACAGUAUCCACUGUAGAAACACCACUCUGGGAGAACUGAUCCAGGGAGGUCAUUUAACUUCACCAGACAUUAAAAGAAGAAAGAGUGCACAGGAUCACCACCCUGGUUCCUCAUCCACUGUUCGGAGGUCCCUACAAAUGAAUAGAACGGUAACACAGCACGGUAAUUCAGCUUCUGCCAAGAGAGCACUGUUUCCCUUCAACCAAUCAGCGGGCUCAAUCACAGAAUCUGAGGAGGAUGACAAUGAUGAGGAGGAAGAGGAGGAAGAAGAAGCUGAGCAGGAAAGAGAGGAAGGAGAGAGAAGAGAUCAGGCAAACACUGCUGGAGAGAGCAGUACAGGAGGCAGCCAUUGUGGUGUGAAAAAGUCUGUCUUCAAAGUCACCUGUGGAGCCAUCAAUGGAAUGCUACAUAAAGAUCGGUUUGCAUCAGGGUCGCGUGGAAAAGAGCAUCCGUACGGAGCUGCGCUGGAUGACCCCGGUGGAGUUUCUGACGGGGGGGUCAGCUCUGGAAGAUCCCUCCUGGAAGAAAGACAUCCAGUGGGACGGGAAACCACUCAGCGUCCUCAUCGAGGUGCAGACGGAAAGAGAACAGAGAUAGAGGAAGGGAGAUGAGAGAAAAAAAUAGUGUUUGACACUUACCAACCUACUGUACAAGGAAUGGCUUAAGAUAGUCUGCAAGGUCUUUAAAGACCUGCGAUGAAAACAUUUCCCUUCUUAAAAAACGUUUUACUAGUUCUACUACUGUCUUUGUUUGUUUCUCAUUUUCAGAGUAAGAUCUUGGACAUCCACCCUCUCCUGUGUAAGUGCAAGCUGUGCAGCUCCACGGCCAAAGACAGGCAUGAACAAGAUAACGAUGACGACUGCUUCAUCUGUAGAAGCCAGGGCAACUUGAUAUGCUGUGAUGAGUGUCC